AUGGGCAAUCAACAACCUGGUCCUCCUGGCGGACCUCAACCUGGUGAUGACCCCAGGCAACGAAAUCGGGCUGGAAUGGCUCCUGGAGCAUACGGUGGUUACCCAAUUGGUGUUGGACCUGGUGGGGGAUACCCUGGUGGACAACAACAAGUACGAAGGGGGAGUGACACAUCGAUGACACUUUUGGACGCUGAUAAAACGGCUGCUGCAAUUGCUGCUUCGGGCGAUGGGACAAUAGAGAAUUGGAUAGAUGAUGACACAGUGCCAACUGUCUUUCGGUGGGAGCACGGAGGACGACAGGUGUACAUUACGGGAACCUUCAAUGGGUGGUCACGGCAGAUUCCGAUGCAUCGAUCUGGUAAUGACUUUACGUACAUUCACAAUUUGAAAAGGGGCAAGCACGCCUUUAAAUUCAUUGUCGAUGACGAAUGGCGGUUCGCGCCUGACCAGCCCACAGUAGCAGAUAUUGAAGGUCGCAUCAACAAUUUCAUUGAUGUUACUGACUUCAAGGCUUAUACCGGAGACAGAGAAUUUGAAAAAGAGAAGGCUGCUGCUGAGUAUGGAUACAGUGGCGACGGAACCGAGACAGUAUACACAGAUCAACAAAGCGCUGCCUCUGAUGCCGGACCAAAUCAACCAGAUAAGGAUGGCGAAGUGUUCUCCAGGUUACAGCCGGACUUGGAUGAUUUUACAAAGGAGCCACCUCCAUUGCCCCCGCACCUUCGUCAUAUCAUACUGAACAAGCCACCGCAGCUUCAGGACACAGCUGCGCUGCCCGUGCCACAGCAUGUGGCCUUGAAUCACCUCUACUGCACUGCUAUUAGGGACAAUAUGAUGGUCUUGGGUAUAACGCAACGAUACAAAACAAAGUUCGUCACAACUGUUUACUACUCGCCAUGCGCUAAAUAA